AUGGCCGGGCUCUUGGCUGAGGCCCCAGGCGACGCAAUCAAGGCACUCCUGUGUGUCGCGGGAAAGCUGCAAUCUCGUCCAUACCUGGCUUCCACCGGCAGAGCGCUGAUUCUUCGAGAAGCAAGUGACGGCAAGAACACGACCGCAUGGGCCGGUGCAGCGCAGCUCUGCGGCGGCGAGACUGGUGUGCUUGGAGCAUGA